GCACAUUUUAUGUAAUGAUUCUAAUAUAAGAGAAGGCUAGGGGACCUACCCAGCUACUACCGACGCGACUAGACUGCACCUCAUCUACUGCCCACUCAGGGAGACAUGACACUGUCAGGAGGAGAGUCCUCUGGUUCCUCCCUGUCCCUGACGUCAGCUCACAGUGCAGUGUACCUGUGUCUGAGCAAGGAACACAGAGUCUCGCGUAGCGUGCGUGCCACAUGGUUCCUCGAUAACCUACUGAAGGAACUGCAGGGAGAUCUCUUUAUCAAGGAUGAUGGUGGUACUCGGGAUUUCUCUGUGUUGUCCAUGACAACCCCCCACAGACUGACCCCCCACAGUCAGCUCUACUUCAUCUGUCAGCAAUACUCACUAGUGUUCCUGUUGGACCUCUCUGAGAACAUGAGAGUCGUCAGUAAUCACACCCACUGUAUCAAGGCUGACUCUGCCCUCUCUGCCCUAGACUCCACACUCACACUUCUCACACGUCCUCUACAAGCCCCGGACAGUGAGCUGUGGAUAGAACCAGAGCUCUGCAUCUCUGUACUUGUCUACUGUGGCAACUCCGCCAAAAAGGUGAUCCAGGUUCUCCUCCAAGGUGUGUUCAUGAGAGGGGACAACUGCACUGAGAUGCUCGACAGGAUAAGGACCGGAGUCACACAACUAGAGCUAAGCCUGGCAGCUGAGGCUGCAACAGUGCAUGAAGAAGCCAGUGAAGACAAGCAAGACAAUGCAACUCCAGGUCGCUCCUCUCUGGUGGGUGAUGCUGGUCUGGAGACAAUGGUCAAGGCUGGUAGUCUGGCACUACAGCUGCUCCCUCGCUGUGCCCUCAAGGGUCUAGUAAUCCUCACUGAUGGGGUGUCCGGUUUCUCCUCUCCUACUAGUAUGCAUAAUACUAUCAACGGUAUGAGGGGAUCUAAUGUCAGCUGUUGGGUCGUACAUGUCGGUGGGGGACCUCACCCAAUGGACGCCCUCGGUCAUAUCCCAGACACUGAGACAUUACAGUUCAUGACCAAAGCUUGCAGCGGCUGCGUAAUGGAUACCAAUAAGAUCGAGAAUGCCUGCUCUCGACUGGAGGAGAAGGAGGUACAAGGUCUGAAUGCAGUACAGCAAGCUGUUCUGUUGUGGACGUUUCAGUUGGGGGCGUUGGAGAGUCGUGUGGAGAGUGUGUUGUGUGAGGGUGGUGGAGGGUGGGAGGAUCCCUUCACACCUAAGAUAGACCGACUGUUCACGAGGACAACCAUUUAUGCACCUGUGUUAUGUCUGGUGGGCUGCAAGAUAAGAGAAGGAUUCUUCUUCAAACAAGUGGCCGUCAGAGAGGCUCUGCUGGAGGUAGUACUCUACUAUCCUUGGCAACCAGGAGUCACCAUUUUCUACAAUAUUAUGGCACCAUGGCCAGUGAGCCAUGUCUCGGAGAGUGUGCAGGUGUCCAUAUCUUAUGAGGGGCCCUACUCGUUCGUGCAUGACAUCCAUUGUGAGCUGAACACAGCGUCAGUGCAGUUCUCGUAUAGACUGGCAGCCAUCAGAAAGUUCAAACAAGCACUACAAAAGUUCUCAAGUUCUGACGCUCUUUUGGGUCACUUCCUGUCAUUCCCCACCCUGCCCACUCACUACACCCUCCCCCAGAGCGUAGCCAAUGGGAUGCCUCUAUUCUACUUCCCUCCCAACCAGACCAAACCAUCUCCCUCUGUUGACCUCGCCUCAACUGGUGGAAGGUCGUUUACUUCGCUGGUCAACUUCUGGCGUCCGAUGUGUACUAUUGACACGAGUCAAUGGUUCCGCUGGUUCCACUCAAACAAAAUACCUCUCGUUCUCCAACAAGACUCUCUCCUGCCCACCCACCUUUUAAACCCCGCCCCCUCAGGUCGUUACGCCACUAUCCAGUGUCGCCUCUCUGCUUCACAUCUGUACAACUUCCUCAAGUUAUGGGCCUCUUUAUCUCUACUCGAGAACCAUUCUUACAUUCGAUUCCUACCGACAGUAGAUGCCCCCAAGUACUUCUGUGUGGUUCGUGUUGCGCACGUGCUGCCGUGUGUUGUGCUCCACGUGGGGCACAUUCAGGGGACCCCCCACAGUCUCCAGUCCAACACGGUGACCUCUCUAAAGACUGCCCUCAAGGAGUUGACCUUUACCCCGAGUGAGAGACCACUGGGGACGUUGGGAAGGAAGAGGCCAUCGCUAGCUGUGAGGGCCAAACCCAGUGCCACUGUCAUAGACAAGCAGCUGCAGAGAGUUAUGAUUCGAUAUGAGGGAAGCUCAGGAGCCCCCACUCCAUCUCAUACAGAGGAGAGACCUGUUGCUAUGGACUACCUCUCCUGUCAUCGCUGGGUCUACACUGCCCCACAGACCACACCCACACUCCUAUCAGCACUCCUAAGACGGCGUUUGAAGGAGGGAUUCUUAUUGAGCAGCUCAAGGAAUGGAGUGGUGUCCCUCAUAGCACAGCUCACUGUUAAGCAAACCUACUCCAGUCGGGAGCAUGCACUACUGCUGCAGUAUGUCAUCUUUCCAUUUAGCGAGCACCCUACGACAGAGUUGUGGGUGGAGCCUCAGUACGGGAGGAUUGUGGACACACCCCCUGGACUCUCCUAUCUCAACCAGGCAUCUCACACUGACAUAGCCCAUGAGAUACACAGCGUUGAUCAACAGCUGUUGACGUCAGUCUCUACUUUUCUUUACCUACAACAUCGCUGUCAGCACAACACCGUCGUACCACCACCCCCUGGAUCAUGUGACCCGAUAGCCAAGUCAUGUGAUCCGCUAGCUUGUCAGUUGGACGUCUAUCCAGGCAGUUUGUUUGCAAGCAGCAGAGCCAUUGUCCUCACCCUCACAGCCUUCACUGAGGAUUCAGAUGCUGACUUUGUUGACAUUGAUCAUUGCUCUCCACUCAAUUCAAAGCUCUGGACUAGUUUGACUCAAUGGCUGUCGGCCUUCGCCCCCACACCCAUACACACCCUCACCAACACCCACACACUCCUCACACACCUUACGGCCUCACAACCCCUCGACUCACUCAAGCCCUAUCUCUACGUCUCUAGCUCUACAGAGUGGAAGCAUUUUGUUCUAAGUCAAGAAGACAAUGUUACGCAACUCUACCUACCUGACAUGUUUUAUCGUAGAGAGGGGACAUUUGUUCUUCCCCUGGUAAUUAUGGACUGCCAAUUAGCUCAUUUGAUGGACCCUGACCCCAUGGGUAAAGAGUUGCCGUGCAAGUCACCUGACCUCCAUGUCCACUGCCCAUUGGCCGCUCGAUUAGCCACACCCUCAGACGUGAGGGAGGGUUUGGAGCACCUCUUGUUCUCAUUGGGCAAUGCCCACGUCAUCUCGUACCUGGACGUGCUCAGCCAUGCUCUUAGUAGCAACCAAAACGUAUCUGGUACUGACUUUGCUACUGCUCUGACUGUGUGCCUGUCUGCUAGUGUCACGGUUGACCUCACUCCUCUACUAGCUGCCUUCUGUCCUCACGCCUCUAGUCACACAGGAGAGGAGGAGGGGCUUGUCAGCGCACCUCUGGACACACCCACUCUCACGGAGCUACUGGAGGGGGUGGUCAGUCGCCAGUAUUGGAAGACGUGUGUGAGGGUGGGGAGCGGGGAUGACGACGAUAUAUUCUAUCAACACUGGGGGGACGAGACGAGGGCAGCCAUGUGGGGGGCAUUGAGUGGGUGUGGUUUCCUCAACGUACCUAACGCUACUGGCUACUAUCAUUGGACAGAUCAAAGCACUCAGGAGAAUAAUGUUGAUGUAACUCCGUCUGUAAUGUCUCCUGUUAGUGAGGCCUCCAGACCUGCCGAGGUAGAGGUGGUUACCAUGGAGAUAGCGGCCCACCCCCCUACAGAGAGUGAUUGUCCUAGUGAGGAGGAGAUGGACAUCGAAGUGUUGUUUUCAUCAGACGAAGACUCAGAUGAUGAGACCACACCCCCAACCCCUCAGGGCCACACCCCCUUAUUCCUUAAUGUACGCUUCAGCUUAAAAAACAAACAGACGGGUGAUACGCAUACAGUGUCACAUGACAUAAAGGCAGCAAAGAAAGGAAUUGAUUUCGUUCAAGACACGGUACCACUGUGCUUGAAGCCACUGAAAUCGAAGCUGCUGCCAAAUCAAGACUACUUUGUUUCCAUGGAGAUGGAGUUCUUUUCGUUCACACCGCCCUCUUACCAGGACAAUAGGUUAAAGUUCAGUGAGGAAGAGUCUGAUGGUGGUGUCCCGCUGGUCGACCAAGGACCUCUCUCCACACUACCACAGAUACACACUCCCACUGCCAAUGCACUCAAGAAUAAACUGGAGUGGUUGAUCGCUGAUGAGCUGGUCUCCAUUGGUCGACAAGCCACACCCAUCUCAGAGCACCUCCUGCAAACUGUCAUGGCACAUGUACAGAUGACAAAAUCUGACAAAUGCUUCUCACAUCGUGUUCCACUUCGUUUUGUGUUUGGCUCGAAUCAUUCUCUGUCCCACUUCUUGCAGGAGCUCGAAGCCGUGCAAGUUCCAGACUAUACCGUCAACAAAACUGACAAUUAUUACUACCUCUCUCCGCUGCUCCUCCCACAAGGCCACGCCCACCACCAGCUGUCACUAUGUCACAUCAACGAGGACGAAGGUCGUUCCAAGACUCCGCCUCCCUACUCCAUUCAGCCGAGGUCAAGAGUGCAUCGUCGGUCACUAUCGUCAGGUUACCCCCGAGGUCACGCCCCCAAAGGCCAUCCUCCCUCCAGUCAGCCUGAGUCAGUGGGCGUGAGUGCCGAGGGCAGUCAAGAUAGUCUAGCUGGUCUGAGUGUGGGCGGUUACGAGGCCAGUCAAUCGUGCAGCAUCAGCAGUGUGUCAAUGGAGCUGUAUGGUAGGGAACUACAGGACGAGGGAUCGUGGCUCAUACUGCGUCCAUUACCUGAUAUGGUGGAAGUCUGUCUACAGAUUCGUAGCUCUCGGCCAGAUGUGGACCUUGAUGAGCUGGGUGUGCUGUGUGGUCUUUUGGAGAACGCUGUGUAUAGAGUGUGUCAUCGCACUAACCAAUGGUUCUUACUCAAGGAGCUACUAGACACUCGCAUGUGCUCACCGUACCUGCUGUCAGAGAGUGCGUCCGAGGCGUGGGUCGAUGAGGUCGUCAACAAGCACGAGGGUACGGGGUCAAAGGACACUCGGGAGCUAUUCAGAGGUCAAGAGUUCAUGUGUGAUAUUCAGUGGAAGAUACACAUCACACCACACUGGAGGCUAAAGGAGAAAGGAUCACAGACGGUGCUACGGAUCACUCGUACUGCCCUGGAUGUGUUCUCUGUGUCCAACAGACUGGACGUGUACGUGCUCCAGGACAUCAGCUCAACGGGAGAGGAGGCCAUUUUCUACCUCAAGAUUGACGAGUCUCUGUGUCAUGUGGAGGAGGGUAGUUUAGAAGAGUCCCUGGUAAUGACUGAGGAACGACCAGAGACUCGAGCCACUGUCGAAGCUGCUGAGACUAUGAGUACGGUUUCAAUGCAACCAAGCAUAUCAGAGGUGAUCCCCGAUCUAGACAAGAAGAUCGAUCACGCCCACUUCCAGUCGGGGAAGCCCCAGGAAAGUCUCGUACUGCAGUUGUAUGGCAUCAAGUUCCCCUCCCACGAUCUCACAGAGCGACUUAACCAUGUCGUGCUAUUCAAACUAGACGAUGCUGUCCUCGAGGCCAUGUGCUCUCUGUACGCUCGUAACCAACGCCUGAAGCUCUAUCCUGCUGACGUGACAUUUCUUCAGCCACUCAUAACUGAACCAUCACACAUACUCUCACUGCCGCUACCUUCCUGGGCUACAAGUGUCGAAGCUGUCGUCUUUUACUUCCUCCAAAAUUUUUCCGCCCUGACUCUGCGUCCCAACUACACGUCACCUGACAACAGAGAUCAUUUCCAAGUACCGCUCGAGUUACAAAAUGCCUACCUCUCAGAAACAUGUGACAGCUCUCAUGAGAUCCACCAGGACCAUCUGUUCCUGUACAUUAGGCCGCACAACAAAGGGCGUGGCAUGGGUGUGGUCAGUAUCAGUCUCGUUAGUCCAGAGGGACGAAUAAUAACCCCUUUACCUGGAGUUGUGGAACCUAGCAGUCAGUAUCCGAAACUUGGUGAUUCAGGAAUUGAAGGGUUAAACUGUGUCAUCACCGAGAUUGAGAGUGAGGUCAAAGGUCACUAUAACAUUCGAUUGCACGUGUGGGAAAAAGGGAACUUUGGUUUGAACGAGUUUAUGGAUAAAGUUUUGUUGUGUUUCAAGCAUUCAUUAGUGGACUAUAUUCUAGAACUCCACCUACUGGCCCUCCCUGUGGCCACGCCCCUUAGAGACGAGAGGGAUCGAGAGGUCAGCCCCUACAUCCUCAUAGACUAUAGCGAGCGACGUGAUUCGCUCAACGAUGAACUAGAGACGGUGGUAGAGGAAGGGGCUACGGUACUGCCCCCCAGUCGCAAGAUAUCCAGAGACUCUCGUAGAGGACCGGCGGCAGACACACGUAGGGGGUCCAAUGAAAGCCGCAGGGGGUCAAACGAUAACCCUAAGGGGUCCAACGAUAGCCGCAGGGGGUCUAACGAAAGCCGUAGGGGGUCUAAUGACAGCAAACAUACCUCCAACGAUACCAGGGCCAAACCAAACAGUCGACGAUCGUCUGAUGAUACUAAUGGGCCUAAUAGCAGGAAGGUUUCCACUGAUUCUCGGAAAGCCUCCGCUGGUGACUCACGGAAGGUUUCAGCUGACGUACAGAGGACACUGGAGAUGGAGUCCCUCCAUGUGGGGUCAGUAAGUCCACAAAGGUCAAGAGCUUUCACUGAGCAUAUUAUUGACAAGAUACAGGACGCUAUGGAAGGCAGUAAAGGAGGAGACAAAGAAGCCGAUGCUAAUAGGAUGGCCGCUCACUUUGGCAACAAGGGCGUACUGAGUAAAGCAUACGAGAAACUUAUCCCAGAACAUUUAUCAGCAGCUGCCAGAUUAAAGGCACUCUCUGUGAAGCACUAUCCAUACACUGUCCUGGGCUCCUACUCUGCCAAAGCCUUCCUCACUCAAGCAAUGGCCGCCCUCAAGCAACUGUCACCUGAUCUAGCCGUAAACGUUUUUGCAUCAACCCCUAACGGACAACUGGUGCACUUUGACCCCCCACAAGAUUGGACCAAAAUCGAGCGACACGUGGACACACGACUGAGGGACCUUCGCUACAUUCUGAUUGGUCGGAACUUGUUGCAAUUCAAGGAGAGUUUAUACCCUGAGGCGCGUUCCCCACGUCCCUGGCUAGACAAGGCCUCCAACCUUCCCCUCCAGUUGUACCAACCACUGGAUUGCCUCAAGGCUAGCAAGAGCCUACCAGUGCCACUACAACACAUGCCCAUUGCUGCCGAGGCUUUCGUACCUAGACAGAGAAUGGUCGUGGCUAUGGUGACAUCUGACAAGGUUGAUGUGUGGUUGUACAACUUCUCUGAGGACUCUAGCAAGCGUAUUGGCCACAAGCUGACCAAGGCCCACGAGUGGCAGAGCUCUCGCACUGGACUAGUGCAUCACCUACUCACUCAGAAGCUGGGGCUAUUCCAACACACACAAGCCACUGACAUACAGCCAGCUACCAAGCUGGCUGUGAAGACUUGUCCCAGUCGCAAGGAGUUGGUGCAGCUGAUACGUAACCACACCCCUCAGGAGACUGAUGCCCCGCCCCCUCGAUCACGCCUCCAACGACCUGUACUGUCAGAAUCACCUCUCCUCGACACACCCUAUCAGAACUCCGCCCCCAUAGCACCACCCCAACGCACGGAGGACCCAGUCUACAACCACGGCCGUCAGUUAAGCUCUCACUUAUCGACCCAGAGCAGAAGCUUUGACCGACAAGAACUACUGGGCAAAGUAUUCCAAUCGUGGCAGAGCCGGAGUCUGGCACCUGUCAACGCGGCCACCAUCACAGCCCUCAAGAGAAUGGCGCGUCUUCUUCACCUUUGUUGUUCCUCCAUCCUCCCUGUCAGCUGCCUAAAGGUCAAGGGGGUCAUUGAAGAGGUCAAAGAGGACCUACUCUCGCAGUAUAUUGGCUAUCUGCAGAGUCUCGGAUUUCAAGCCAUCGCUGAGAGGAUUGCCACACCCACUUCCCGGGGAGGGGGCAGACCACCCCCUGCACACACCACACACGUCACUAACAAGCACUACAAGUGCCUACAACGAUGGUGGGCGGGAGGAAUCAUCUUAGCCGAGUUAUGUUUCUAUGACGAUAACUUCGUCGUCAAGCUGUACAGUUUAGAGGCUUCUCGACUUAACGAUCGUUUGGCCCCCGAAAGUCAGAGCCUUUUCUCAUUAGAAUGUGCUCGAUACAAAGAUUUCAUUCACGUUCAUUCAUUCAUGAUGGACUUUCACCUUCGACUGUUGCUAAGCUACCUUAAUAACUCACCACCCGACAACUUUGACCUCCGACGCUAUAUAAUCUUGUGUUAUGAGAAAUCCCGCCCACAUUUUGCUCGUAACCUACUCCAGAAGGGGAACUUGGAGGUGGCCACACCGUGUGUGCUACCGCUAGUUCUGUACCAAUAUCUGGUGGUCCAUUGUGCCAUGUUUGGUGGACGUACGCUAGAUCUGCGAGGAGGAGGGGGGAGUGGUCGACGUGAGGAUGUGGCGUUACUCAUAGACGUUAGUACAGAUGCACUGGGAACUUUGACCUCUCCGCAGCUCACUGCACUCUUACAGGACGGACAGGACAAGUACGAUAUUCGAGUGCUCCUCUUAUUCCGAAGUGUGGAGGACCCUAGUCCUGUGCUGCACCUCGACUACUACCUCCUCCUGGUCCACAGAGAUGACAGUCACCCUCGUCUCAUACGCCACUCCCCUCAACUGCUGCCCUCCUGUCACCCUCUACCAUCAGGUAACUAUGAUGACGAAGGGACUGAGAGCAGUGAGUUCAGUCUACAGGUACGAGAGCAUCGACGACGGAUGGGCCUCCUCUCCACACCCUCACAAGCCUCACAACUCGUACUCAACACUCGGCUUAUAGCGGAGCACAUGACCGGGGUCAAGCUUCACCUUGAGGAGGCGUGUCAGGUGGCGCUCUCACAUAUGAGACGUGAUGCACUCUGGAAAAGGAUGGUGUACGGGCAGUCGGUAGAGGAAGGAGGAAGGAGUCCAUUGGAGGGUUUGAGUUGCUCAGAGUUCCGGGAGCUCCUACGCCUGGUAACCAUGGUUCCAUUGGACACUCUUGACAAGCGAUUAGCUCCUCUUAGGAGGCAGCCUCGACGUUGGUUCAAGAAACUGUUACUUCCGUUGCAGGUGCGGUUCGUAGACAAUAUCCGAGUGUACUGCAGCGAUGAUGACUCGUAUAGUGGAGCAGCUAUUGUCAACCCAGAGUGGCAGGACAUGUGUCUACUAGUACAGGUGGACAAGGAGACACGUAGUCUGUCCUGUAUGUACCGCCACCCCAAAGAGGGCGGAGUCCCAAGAACAGAGCGACUUAUAACAGCCAAUCCAGAGGCUGAGAGAAGUCAUGUGGAGACUGUUGUCAACUUCAUGUGCAGUUUCCUGUGGGCGAGUAUUCUAGACACUUCACCACCUCAACCCCAACUGAACCUCUUGUAACUCUAUUAUAUAUAUAACAUUAUUGUUUUUCUUUCACAUUAAUUGGCAUCAAGCACAAAAUUGUACAAAACUUCAACAAUGAUCGAUGCUAGAAUUAAUUAUUAUGAAAAAAACUUCAAUUAUUGUAUGAUUUUUAA